GUGACACCGUCGGCUUCAUCUGCGUAACCAGACGCUCUAGAAAAGCGCUUCGCGAGAAAGAUGUACACGUCUACGAAAAUGUUUUCCACUAAACAUUUUACACUGACAGUUUUUACAUUAACAACUCUAUUUAUUUCAUUGAAUUUUAUUUCAAUUGCUGAAUGUCACGGGCACGGACAUGAUCACGAUCAUGGACAUUCUCACGAUGAACCUGCAUCUUUCAAAUAUUCACAGCAAGCAAACGAACCUCCUGCAGAUCAUGGACAUGCUCACUCUCAUGGGGGACAUGGGCAUACACACGGAGAUCAUGGUCACGCUCACGGGGAUCAUGGUCACGCUCAUUCCCAUGGAGGAGAACAACAUGCACAUUCACAUGGUGGUAAACGGGAAGCCCCAGGACAUGGGCAUUCCCAUGGAGAGCAACCUAAAGGAAAAGCUGUGAAAAAUACUGGAAUAAAGUUGUGGAUUGAGGCUAUCACAGCAACAGCAGUCAUAAGCAUUUCACCAAUUUUCAUUUUGUUGUUUAUUCCUUUAGAUAAUACAGACAAACAUCAACCAUUAUUGAAAGUUCUACUAAGUUUUGCAUCAGGAGGGCUGUUGGGAGAUGCCUUUCUCCAUCUUAUUCCCCAUGCAGUGUCUCCACAUUCACAUGGUGGAGAUGAUCAUGGACACACACAUUCCCAUGACGAAGGUGGACACUCUCAUGAUAUGUCUGUAGGUCUUUGGGUUUUGGCUGGUAUUAUUGCAUUCCUAAUGGUAGAAAAAUUUGUAAGGAUUGUAAAAGGAGAUCAUGCCCACUCACAUGCACCACCAAAGAAAGAAAAGGAGGCAAAAGAUAACAAGGAAAACACAAAAGAUGAGAAGGAAACGACCAAAGAAACUACAAAUAAAAAGACAGACGAGGUAGUUCAGACUAAAGAAACACCAGUUGAAGAUAUAAAAGUAGCUGGGUACCUGAAUCUUGCCGCAGAUUUUGCUCACAACUUUACAGAUGGUCUGGCUAUUGGAGCAUCUUUCAUGAUGGGUCAGAGCUUAGGAAUUAUAACAACUAUCACAAUUUUCCUCCAUGAGAUUCCCCAUGAAAUUGGUGACUUUGCUAUCUUGGUUCAGUCUGGCUGUACUAAGAAAAAGGCUAUGAUGUUACAGUUUAGUACAGCUAUAGGUGCUAUGCUGGGUACAAUCUCAAGUCUGUUUGCGGAGGGUGUUGGCGAGGCAGCGACUACAUGGAUAUUACCAUUUACUGCCGGAGGCUUCAUCUACAUUGCCACAGUUUCUGUCAUUCCUGAACUUCUAGAAGACACUAAACUUGGACAGUCCAUCAAAGAAAUUUUGGCUUUGUUAGUUGGCGUAUAUAUGAUGGUUUUAAUAGGACAAUUUGAAUAAUCAAUACUUGCAAUGAUUAUUGGGUAUAUUAUAUUUAACUCAUAAAAUAACAGCACUAUAUUGUUUUAGCUUUAAAAUGGUGAACACUUGAAUUAACUGCUAGUAGAAAUCAAAAUGAUCAUAGUUACUGUAUUUCAGAUCUAUCACAGUCAUUUUUCAUUAAAAUUAAUUUUUUUUAACAAAUUGUCUAGCAAGAAUGUUUGAAUUUGAUCAUUUUGUAAUGUGAGAGCUGGUCUCGAAGGUUUUCUUUUUUUUAUAUAUAAAAACGCUUAAAAUGUAAUAUAUAAGAACAUAUGAAACAAAGAUAUACGAAUUAUGUUUACAUUGUUGUUAUUGUACUUUAUCAUUUUGUGUAUAAACCGCUUAUUCAUAUCAUUCACAACAGAAAUCUAAACUCAGAUAUCAUAAAACUGUUGCAGUAUAUAUACAUGUAUAUUGAUUCUACCUAGUUCUUUAUGAUUUUUAUCUUUGUUUUAUUUACAAGAGUUAGUCAGAACUUGGGAGAAUCACAGGAAAUGUUAGAUUAAUGUAACAUAUUAUUAUACUAGAUCAGUUACUUUACAACAGCAGAAAACUAUAACAUUUUGUUUAUCUGUUAGAGUAGCACAAACUGUGGUAUUAUGAUUGUUUGGUGAUAAACCAUAGUUUUCAUCUUAAGUACUUGUUUUCUUAUCAAUAUUGACAUGUAUAUGUUUUUAAAAUGAAGAAAUGUACAUUGGAGGGUGAGAAAAGCCGACAAUAUUAAGAUAUAUUUACAUAUAUUGUAUAUCUAUUAUAAAAGUGAUCCUCAGAUUGGUGUUGAAGUCAAAGUGCUUAUUUCAUAGCUGCUGUAUAUAAUUGAAUUGAUUAAUUAAUGAAAUUCAGUAGCACUAGUUGUUAGAAUCUGAUCUCCCAUGAUAUAUUUAAUAUGACGACUUUGUAACAGUAAACUCCCAUUGCUUUAUAAAGUUUAAUUUUUGAAAAACAGAGGUAAAUUAAAUCUUAAAAGAAAUGAAAUGCAUACACUUUUGUUUGGGAUAUAAAAACUUUUGAGGUCAGUUUAUAGUUGUUUGGACUUGAUAAAAGUUGUAUUGCCCUUGAUUAGAAUUUAUCUUGGG